UGUCGUCAGACCCGGAAGUGAUGUACAUUCUUCUGACGUCUCUGAAAACAACAUCAGCAGUUCCGUGUUUGUUCCGUUAUUUUCCGGUGGAGGGGCACUAACUCGGUGUUUUCCGGUGGAGGGGCAGUUACUCUUUGUUUUUUCCGGUGGAGGGGCAGUAACUCGGUGUUUUCCGGUGGAGGGGCAGUAACUCGGUGUUUUUCCGGUGGAGGGGCAGUUACUCUUUGUUUUUUCCGGUGGAGGGGCAGUAACUCGGUGUUUUCCGGUGGAGGGGCAGUAACUGUCGGCCUUCUCCGCCAGGGGGCGAUGUGGAUCCAACCGGAGGAGGUGCUCCUGGUGGGGGCGCUCUGGGUCUGGGAGCGGGCCAACCCAUUCUUCAUUCUGCAGAGGAGGAGGGGGCACGGCCGUGGGGGGGGGCUGUCCGGUCUCCUGGUUGGGACUCUGGAUGUGGUUUUGGACUCAAGUGCUCGAGUGGCUCCUUACAGAAUCCUGUUACAGACGUCAGAAUCUCAGAUCUACUGGAACAUCGCCUGUGGCUCGUCCAGGAAGGAGAUCACGGAGCACUGGGAUUGGCUGGAGUCCAACCUUCUGCAGACCAUCUCCAUCUUUGACAAUGAUGAAGACGUCACCACCUUUGUCAAAGGGAAGAUCUCUGGCAUCAUUGCGGAGGAAAACCGGCUGAAGCCGGGAGCGGAGCAGGAGGAGGAUUGUGGGAAGUUUCGGGAGGCAGAGCUGAAGAUGAGGAGGUUGUUCGGGAUGCCUGAUGAAGAGAAGCUGGUGAAUUAUUACUCCUGCAGCUACUGGAAAGGAAGAGUCCCACGGCAGGGCUGGCUGUACCUGUCCGUCAACCACCUGUGCUUCUACUCCUUCCUGUUGGGCAAGGAGGUGUCCCUGGUGGUGCCGUGGACAGAGGUGACCCAGCUAGAGAAGAACGCCACCUUGUUGUUCCCAGAGAGCAUUCGUGUCAGCACUCGUCACACUGAACAUUUCUUCUCCAUGUUCCUCAACAUCAACGACACCUUCAAGCUGAUGGAGCAGCUUGCCAAUAUCGCCAUGCGUCAGCUGCUUGACAACGAGGCGUUUGCUGCCGACUGUUCGCUGCCCAGACCCUGCAAGACACUGAAGAACGUGUCUGCGCUGAAGAGGGAUCUGGAUGCUCGGGCGAAGAACGAGCGUUACCGUGCAAUGUUUCGUCUUGUGCAGGACGAGCGUCUGGACGGACACACGGACUGUACGCUGUGGACACCAUUCGCCAAGAUGCACGUGGUCGGACAAUUGUUUAUUUCCAACAACUACAUCUGUUUCAACAGCAGAGAAGAAGAUCUGUGUCAGCUGAUCAUUCCACUCAGAGAGGUGUCCAUUGUGGAGAAGGCAGACAGCAGCAGUGUCUUACCAUGCCCUGUCUCAAUCAGCACCAAGAACAAAAUGAAUUUCCUGUUUGCCAACCUCAAAGACAGAGACUUCCUGGUUCAACGCAUCUCCGACUUCCUACAGCGAACACCUGACAGUGCUUGGGGCAACACCAGCCCGCUGUCUCUGAUUGGUCACUCGGUGUCUUCCAGUGUCCCUUCUUCCUCAUCUGGAGGAUCUCAGUCUGCCCACAGGGGGCGCCAGUACCACCCCGGUCUGCCCACAGCCAGUCAGGGUCUGCUGCAGCUCUACUACCAAGACACUCCAGAGGACCUGGGUCCCAAAGCCAUGAAGGAGAAGAUGAAGGAGGAGUCGUGGAACAUCCAUUUCUCAGAGUUUGGUCGAGGAGUUUGUAUGUACAGAACAUCAAGAACCAGAGAACUGGUUCUCAACGGGAUCCCAGAAUGUCUGAGAGGAGAGCUGUGGUUACUGUUCUCUGGGGCACAAAAUGAGAUGGUGACCCACCCAGGUUACUAUGGAGACCUGGUGGAGCAGGCCAUGGGGCUGUGUUCAUUGGCGACAGAGGAAAUCGAGCGCGACCUCCAUCGAUCGAUGCCUGAACACCGAGCGUUCCAGAACGAGACGGGCAUCACCGCGCUGCGCCGCGUCCUCACCGCCUACGCCCAUCGCAACCCCUGCAUCGGAUACUGUCAGGCCAUGAACAUUGUCACCUCUGUCCUGCUUCUCUACUGUACGGAGGAAGAAGCCUUCUGGCUGUUGGUGGCGCUGUGUGAGCGAAUGCUGCCCGACUAUUACAACACCAGGGUUGUAGGAGCUCUGGUGGAUCAGGGUGUGUUUGAGGAGCUCACCCGGGCGUUCCUCCCCCUGCUGUACGAACACAUGCAGGACCUGGGCGUCAUCUCCACCAUCAGCCUGUCAUGGUUCCUCACCCUCUUCUUGUCAGUGAUGCCGUUUGACAGCGCUGUCCUAUUGGUCGACUGCUUCUUCUACGAGGGCAUCAAGGUCAUCUUCCAGGUGGCGCUGACUGUACUCCAUGACAACAUGGACGCCCUGCUGUUCUGCAGUGAUGAGGGAGAAGCUAUGACCAUCCUGGGCAGGUACCUGGAUAAUGUUGUGAAUAAACAGACAGUGGCCCCGCCCAUCCCUCACCUGCAUGCCCUGCUGACGAGCGGAGAUGUCCCCCCACCUGAAAUCGACGUCUUUGACCUCAUCAAGUCGUCCUAUGAGAAGUUUGGUAGCCUACGCUCUGAUGUCAUCGAGCAGAUGAGGUUUAAACAGAGGUUAAAGGUCAUCCAAUCCCUGGAGGACACGGCCAAGAGGAGUGUGGUGAGGGCGAUGAUGACGGAGUCAGCAUUCAGUAUCGACGAGCUCGAGGACCUCUUCUGUCUCUUUAAGUCCAAACACAUGACGAGUUGUUACUGGGGCUCCAGCAGUUCUGCAGCCGAACGUCAUGAUCCCAGUCUUCCGUACCUGGAGCAGUAUCAUAUCGACCUGGCUCAGUUCUCUCAGCUGUUCUCUGCGCUAACCCCCUGGGUCUGUGGAAGCCACACCCCCUCUCUGUCAGCCCGCCUCUUCAGACUCCUGGACCAGAACCAGGACGGACUGGUCAACUUCAAAGAGUUCGUCACCGGACUCAGUGGGAUGUCUCAUGGAGACAUGAUGGAAAAACUUAAACUGUUGUACAAGCUCCACCUCCCCCCAGCUCUGUGUCCUGAGGAGGCAGAGUCUGCUCUGGAGGCGACACACUUCUUUAAAAAGGAUAAACAACGAGAAUCUCACUUCCUGUCUGAUCCGGACUCUUUGCGUCAGCAGGAAGUGACCAUAGGUGAGGAGGGGAAAGAUGCAGCUGGAGACAGUGAGGAGAAGAAAGAGGAAAAGGUGAAGGACUACAGGUACUACCUGAGGAUGUGGGCCAAAGAGAAGGAACCCAAGUCAGAGACCAUCAAAGACCUGCCUCGCAUGAACCAGGAGCAGUUCAUUGAGUUGUGUAAGACUCUGUACAACAUGUUCAGUGAGGAGCCUCUGGAGCAGCAGCUUUAUCACUCCAUCGCCACUGUGGCCAGUCUGCUGCUGCGCAUCGGCGAGGUCGGCAAGAAGUUCAACAACGGAACCAAAAAGAUUGAGACCGCUGCUGCACAGGCUCCGCCCCCUUCUCAGAGGGAGGAGGGGCCUGGUGAGGGGGGGUCAGGUGAGUCCCGGUUGUGCGAGGCGCUAGCUGACGCCUACCUGGAGCCGCAACCUCUGCACAUGUCCGACGAGGAAGCCAAAGAUGACAUGUCACUGUCGUCAUACUCAGUGGUGAGUUCCAGCUCGCUGCAGUGCAAGGACAUCGCAGACGACACAGUGCUGAUUGGUGGAGAGCAGCGACAGGGCAAUGUCUUGGAUGUUGAUUGGUCAAUCACCUUUGAGCAGGUACUUGCGUCACUGCUGACGGAGCCACCGCUUGUUGAUUACUUUGAGAGGAAGGUGGACAUCCAGAGCAAGAUCGUCAGCUGUAAGACUCAGCGGGCAGUGGAGCGCCAGAUUAGCUCCAACUCCGACCAUGAAGUUACCCAGCAGUCUGUCUGACUCGCCUUUAUCUGUCCUGAUUGAUUAGUUAAUCCUGAAUAAAGUCUCAGCACUAACAGUUUUUAAUGUCCAAACAUCUCAUCAAUUAAUACAAAAUCUUGCACAGGAGGUUGAUGUCAAAAACAGGAAACAGAAAGUUUAGGAAUAUAAAGUGAGAAAUAAUAAAGGUCACUUUAUUUAGAGGAAAUAAAAUUGGUGUUCAAUGUUUUUAUUGACAGUUUCUUAAAUUAAUCAUCAGAUCAAUAAAGUCACAAAUCGUUCACCGGGUGAAUUCACACCUUUUAUUUUGAUGUGUGUGAUGACGCUGUUUACUUCCUGUUGACUGAUGAUUUCAGAGGAUUUUAAAUCAAUCGUGUUCUGUAUUGUUCUAAUAAACACUACUUCUUUUUUGGUGUCCCCUGGAUUUAAAACUAAAAAUAUGAAGUUUUAUUUUCUGAUAAUUUUUAUUGUUUAAUAUUUUAUGUUUGUGUUUGUUUUUUUACACUUUCACACAAAUAUUAAAAUCUUCACAUUAAUGUUUAUUGUAUGAAAACAAAGUAAAAUCACUGUUUAUUUUUCUCUAGUUUUGAUAAAGGUGUUCAUCAAUAUGUCAAAUUAUUGAUCAUUAAAAACUAAUUAACUAUGAACAAUAAGUGACUGGACUUAAUGACUGAUUACAAAUAAAGUUUCUAAUAAAUAAAACAAUGAUUAAUUUAAACGAACAGAUGCGAUUUAUAGACUGACUCUCUCUAGCGCCUCCUUCAGGACAGUGUUUGAAGCAGCAGAGACUCCAGUUGGUUAAAGAGACAACAUUGUACGUCAUAUUACGACAUCAUGACGACGCCAAAGUAGGAGUUAAUUUGUAAUUUUUUUAUGUUUAUUUUCUUAAUGACCGAAAAAGAUCCAUGUCAGAAUGUUCCAGAGAGAAAAGAAGUCAUGUUAUUAAUAAUUCAUGAAUUAUUAUGCAUUUAUUUGCUGAAAUCUAUGUGUGAUGACAAACAAAUCCUUUUCAUUUCAUGUGUUCAUUUUUAAUUUGUAUCAGAAAAGAGACAUAAACAUUUCAUUCUUCUCUGUUCUGAUUCUCAUUCUGAAGGAAAAUAAGCAUUUCUUUGUUCUUGAGGAUCUGGAUGUCAACAUUGUUCACAAAUAUAAUAUAUAAACAUUAUUUAAUAAUGAUAUCAUAUCCGUCAGUGGAAUGACACAAACUCUUCCUUCAAUGUGUUUGACUUGAUGUCACUGAACUGAUUAUAGAUUAUUAAAAUGUUUUCAUCCUGA